AUGGAAGAGAAACCAUUUAAGUGUGAGGUUUGUGAUCAAGCCUUUGCACACUCGUCAACACUUGUGAAACACCGACGGAUCCACACUGGGGAGAGGCCUUUCAGGUGUGAGGUGUGUGGCAGGGCCUUUGCCCAGUCUUCUGGUCUCAUGUAUCAUCGGCGUCUUCACACAGGGGAGAAACCAUUUACUUGUGAGGUUUGUGACAAAUCCUUCUCGCACUCUUCCCACUUUCGAAGGCACCAACGCAUGCACACUGGGGAGAAGUUGUUCAAGUGCGAGGUGUGUGACAAAGCCUUCACUAGCUCCUCGACUCUCCUGAAUCACCAGCACACUCACACAGGGGAUAAGCCCUUCAAAUGUGAGGUGUGUCACAAGAAUUUUGCACGACUAUUGACCUUGGUGAAUCACCAGCGUGUCCACACUGGAGAAAAGCCAUUCACAUGCGAGGUGUGUCACAAAUCAUUCUCGCAGUUACCAAACCUCCGCACGCACCAACGCAUUCACACAGGGAAGAAGCCAUUCCGCUGUGAGGUCUGUGAGAAGACUUUCACCCGGUCCUCUGAUCUCCUGAGGCACCAGAGGAUACACACCGGGGAGAAACCUUUCAAAUGCCAUGUGUGUAACCAAGCGUUCACACAGCCAUCAACACUGCUGCAGCACCAACGCACUCACACCGGGGAGAAGCCAUUCAAGUGUGAGGUGUGCGAUAAGGGAUUUGCACAGUUAUCAGGUCUUCUGUAUCAUCGGCGCAUUCACAGGAGAUAA